AUGUUCUACGCAGAGAGAAUCAAGACUCAUGUUGAGGCAGCAAAACAAUCUGAGAAACCAUCGCACAGUGAAGCGUUGAACCUCGUUAACCGUGUCACUGUCAAGUGUUUCGAAGCGGAGGAAGAAUGGGUGAAACAAAAAGUCUUGGAUGCAGUUGAGGCCAGGAAGAAAGCUGCGGGCAGCGAUGGGAAUUACAAUGAUGGUGGUGCGGAGAUCAGUCCCUGCCAGUACCAAGAUGCAAUUGACGACAUGCCAAUUGUCUUCAAACAAGUGUUGAACAAGAUGGCGGAAGACUCGGGUUUGCACAUCAUGCUAGUCGCUGGAGGACCUUGUCCUGAGGAGGGUGGGGACAUCAUUACCUUUGCGUGUGUACCUGUCUCCUUUAUCCCUGUGUUCAUGAUGCAUUUUGGAACCAACGAGACCAGUCACACUUUUGGUGACGUCCAACCAGGCGUCAUGGCCCAGUUCAUGAAUGUGUUCAUCGAGCAUCUGAAGACCGUAUUCUCCCCAGAAAUUCGAUUGCAGCGUGCACUCGAAGUUCUCUCUCAGCCGGAUGUGAGCAUGACAAUCACAGCUAGUGAUGCCGCCGGGCCAUCAUCAGCUGUAGAUAUUACUAUGGCAUCAACCGAAGAUUUGAUGGCCAAGCCCCUGACGCCGCAAUUAUCGUCGCCCAUGCUGCCUUCCGUAUCAUUGCCGCCUUCUUCGCCAUUGCCGCCGUCUUCACCAUUACCACUGUCUUCAUCACUACCCCCUUCUUCACCAUGCCCCUCUUCUUCACUGCAGCAUUCUUCACCAUUGCUGCAUUCUUUACUGCUUUCGCCCUCGUCCUCAAUGUCACAAGGCGCCUUUAUUCAUGUGGCAAACCCCGUUGGUCCAUCCUUAUUCGACAUGACCAACAACUCGGGGUAUGUGCCUGCUGACUUAAACAGCACCCUUGAACUUCCGCCACAUGGUUGGGGUGUCCCAUGGCCAUCAAUGUCGGAUCUUGAAGGCGAACAGAUUCCCUGGCUGAACUUCAACCCUGCAUCGUGGACGCCUGAUAUGACAGAUUGGGCUAUCAAUGACCUCAAUCUGGGUGUCGGCACGUCAGCGGCCUCUUCGACGGUGUGCGACAUUCACGAUGUUGCUCGGCUCCGGCUGCCCGAGCCGUCAAACAACUGGGGUCAAACACCCUUUUCACGCUGGCCUGUCCAACUCGAGCCUGGAAUUCCCUUCCAGCAAAACCUGCCGGCCACCAGCAUUGUCGAUGCUGAUCCAGUCUCCGUGGCCAUUGUCGCGCCUGCCAUGUCUAGAAACAAUGCCGCUGCUGUAUGUCCAGAUGGGGUCCCUGUACAUAUAAUUCCACCUGUGAUCCCUGCCGGUUCAGCCUCUGGUAUUACCAGCGCAUCCGUUCCCUAUCAGGCUGAUGUCUCGACGAUCAUGGUACACUCCUCCAUCUCAACAUCCUUGUCUGUUACCGAGCAGUCUGGGUCCGGGUCUGCACAGAUCAUCCCUCCCGCUAUGGUUGCUGGGCCCGACAACAUGGUUCCUUCAAGUGCAUGCAUGAUUCCGGAGGUCACUACGCCCAAUAGCUCAGGUAACGUCCAGUCCCACAGCAAUACUGCGGCUCUUCAGCCAGGCGAGCCUCUCCCUCCACCGCAACCAACUGAGGACAGCGCCAUGUCCGAUCCACCUGGAACUGGAGAGACACCUCCUACCUCAGCAUUGGUUUGCCCAUCUCAUGCGCACAAGGUCCCUCCGACGGCGGACUCGAUAUGGCAGCUGACUGCUGCUCAGGUGAGAAGGUUUGGCCUGUCAGCUGCAAAAAAUGGGUCCAAGAUGACGAAGAGGAAGUCAACAGUAAAAGAGAAUGAAGGGCAAUCGGGGGACACUGCCAAUGGGCCGAAGCGAAAGAAACGAUGA